GAAAAAGAACAAACCUCUCAUGUCGCGACUAAUCGCUGUUUACAACUGCAUCACUGACAGUUAAUCGGAGUCCCAGAUCACGCUUUUUAUAACGCGAAGAAUAUUAAUGAUUAACGGGAAUCUAAUACGCAUAUAUGAAGCAAUACAUUUGCAUCAAAUCGCACAUUCCUGCAUAAUUACGUUACGUACGUAACAUUUUUAAUUCCUUCAUUGGAUUCCUUUUCUCAUUGUAGAGCAGCAUAUCAUCGAAUAAUGCGUUUGAGAAGUGAGACUUUGUGACACGUUUAAACAGAUUGAGAUAAACUUGCACGCGUUCCGAGCAAUUAUGGACCGAAGCGCAAAGCUAACCGCAUCGUUGAUUGAUGUGUGUAUCGAAAGCACGUCACAAGCCAGAGACGACUCGUUGAUGUAUCGUGAAUGUUAGAAAAGCUCAACAAACAUGGAUAUUAUUAACAUAGAUGACGUGGAGACUGGAAUGCGUUCUUCCAAGAGUUCGGGAAUACCGUUCAAUUGUAUCAGCUCAAACUCGAUAUGCUAUGUGGCAAUUACAAUUGCGACUCUGGCCUUUCUUGGUGCAAUAGUCUUCGUCUGCAGGGACUAUAUCAAAGUACUCCUCUACUGGAUUGAGCAUCAGAAUGCUUGGAUCAUCACAGUGAUUUUCAUAGCUCUGUUCACAGUAGUCUCGUUCCCGAUCGUAAUUGGUUAUCUGUUCCUCAUCGUCGCCAGCGGUUACUUGUUUGGCGUGGUGCGCGGCAUGAUGAUUGUGAUACUCUCUGCCAAUCUCGGCAUAGCUAUAGCUCAUUUCACUCUGGGCUUGCUCUCUACAAAGUUACCCAUAGGCGCUCUUCUGCAGAGUGACACAGCCAGAGCAAUACUCCGUGUUAUCUCUGGACCUCAGGCUUUUAAGAUUGUGCUAUUUGCACGAUUAACGCCAAUUCCAUUUGGUCUUCAGAAUACUAUCUUUGCGGUCAGUAAUAUAGGUGGUUUUCAUUACCACAUAGCGAGCGCGAUCGGCUUGCUGCCUGCCCAGCUGGUCAACGUUUAUUUGGGCAGCAGCCUGAGAUCCAUGCAGGAUGUUUUGGAAGAUAGGUCCACGGCAGCAACUGGCUAUAUAGUCUUUUGCUUCCAGAUAUUAGUAGGAGUCUCACUAAUGGUAUAUAUUGUACAGAAGGCGCGAAAGGAGCUACAGCUAACUCUGUUCGAAGCCGACCUUGCGUCCAUGUCCAAUUCUUCUCAUUAUCUGAUCGAUGGUUUACCAGAUUCCAAGUUAAUCUUAACAAACUUAAUCGCGUAAUAUUUCUGAAUAUCUAAGCAAUAUGACGGUCGCUCGUAAUUUCGCUAUGAACGACAGCCGAUGUUCUUUUUCUCAAUUUCUUACGAUAUCUUACGAUAUUCGUGUUAUUUUUUAUUGUUUAAUCUAAUAUAAGCUUCUUCCCAUAAUAUUUCCAGAAAUGAGUGUCUCGCUAACUUAUUUAGUGGUGCUUUUGAGAAUUUAGGCUUUCGAAUGUGAUAUGUACAACAAUCUCAUAUCAGAGAUAACACAUGUCUUACCAAAGUUAAUAUACUUUAGAAACAGAAAAUAGAAAACACUGAAUAGUGCACGUUACUGUGAAAGAAUGCACGUAUAUUUUGAUAAAAAUGAUGAAUGGUGAAACACAAGGCGACGGAUCAGCGGAUCAGUAAUAUAAAGCUUCCUUGCAAGAACAAUUACUAUAAUUUAUAUACAUAUAUGUUAAUAAUAGAGACUGAGAAUUUAUACUUUUUACAUGUUAUCGAUUGUUCAAUCUUCCGUUCUAAAUGUGGACGUUGUGUCGAUAUCGAACGAUAUUGAUGUUCAAUGCAUUUGUCCGUCUUCUCUUAUGUGUAUAUAUUGUAUACAUUAUAUAUAUAUAACAGAUUAUAUAUAUAUAAUCUAUUAUAAAGAUAGUUAUCUGUGUAUAUGAUAAUCUUAGAGAAAAUGCAUUUCUCUUGAUAAUGGUGAUAAAUAAAAUUUGGCCUUCCAACUGAA